AAAUGUGGCGGCGUGCAUCGGUUCGCCAUGUCAACGUGGUUUUCUGUGUUACUUGGGUACUUGGGUGCAAUCGAGUGUCAGCGAUUGCAUGCUAAUGCUAGCGGCUAGCCACCGCCGUCGGCUAACAUGUCUUGAGCGCUAACGAGCGAGCUAGCGGCUUAGCUAGCUCAAAUGACAGCAGACCGAGUGCUUGUGUUCGACCCCGAGAUAAAAAAAAAUGUAGAAAAGCUCGUCAAUCUUGCGCUCAUUGUGUGGAAGCUGAGCAGACUUUUAAGCUCUUUCGUACUGGCCGCGCGUCGCCAGGUGGUUGACAAACUGGAGAAACAUAUUCAAGAAAUGGACGACGGCAGCUACAUCGAGUUUGAUGUGCCGGAGUUCAGCAACACCGUCCUGACUCAGCUCAAUGAGUUGCGACUGCAGGGCAAGUUAUGUGACAUCAUCGUUCACAUUCAGGGUCAGCCGUUUCGCGCCCACAAGGCCGUCCUGGCAGCGAGCUCCCCUUACUUUCGAGACCACUCGGCUCUCAGCACCAUGAGUGGCCUUUCAAUCUCAGUCAUCAAAAGCCCUGAGGUGUUUGAGCAGCUUCUGGCGUUCUGCUACACAGGUCACAUGUCCCUGCAGCUCAAGGACAUCAUCAGUUUCCUCACCGCUGCCAGCUUUCUGCAAAUGCAGGUCAUUAUUGACAAGUGUACGCAGAUCCUUGAGAGCAUCCACUCCAAAAUAAGCCUCCCAGUUAAUACCUGCAGCCCAGAGAAGGAUGAUUCGCAGAGCAGUCGCAACGGGGUCAACGACAGCAACCUCUUUGUCAACCCGACGCAGAUCUCCCCCCCUUACUACUCCCGUCACAGUCACGCCGCCCACGAAGCACGCUUGGACCUGGGAGGAAAGGGCCUGGGUCGUGGGCGCCUGCAUCAAGAGGAAGGCCAGUCCGAUCGCGGGAGCACCGAUAGCGUGUCAGAGCAUGACGUUCCCAUGGAAGGAGAAAUGGAGCAAGUGGAGCUCAUUGGGAAAGACGGGCAAGUGACAGACGUGCACGUGAAAGUGGAGAAAACCGAGAGGCCGACCUACUCCGACAGUUCCUCGGCCGGCGAUGACGGCUACCACACCGAGUUGGUGGACGGAGAGCAAGUUCUGGCGGUCAGCGUGGGUUCUUACGGUCCAGUUAUCCAGUCUGCUGCCUAUUCCUACUCAGGGCUGUCUUCCCCGUGCUUUGUGAACCUCAGCAGCUCCAGUCCAUCCCGUUCCAUCCUCAGCGGGUUCAGAGGCGGUCGCGCCAGAGCGAAGCGCCCCCUGGCCAUCCCGGCAGCGGUACUGAGUCACAUCAAGCAAGGGGCGGACGACGGCGAGCCAUCCGUGGGUCCCGCCGUCUUAGAGAACGACGUCCGAGAGCGUAGCCUGAGGAGUCAGUGGUACCCGUACAACGAACGGCUCAUUUGCGUCUACUGCGGAAAGACCUUCAAUCAGAAAGGGAGCCUCGACCGUCACAUGCGCCUCCAUAUGGGCAUCACGCCCUUUGUUUGUAAAUUCUGCGGCAAGAAGUAUACGAGGAAAGACCAGUUGGAGUACCACAUCCGCGGCCACACGGACAACAAGCCCUUCCACUGCCAGAUCUGUGGAAAAUGCUUCCCGUUUCAGGGCACCCUUAAUCAGCACCUGAGGAAGAAGCACAUGGGAGCGUCCGAGGGCAGCAAUCACAUGGACUCCCCGGAGCGGACGGAGGGAAGCUCGGGUCCGAAGGACCAGGAGGAUACCGCCGAGGGGAUAGCCUACGAGGCCCAAUAUGCAGAAGAGGCGCCUGCCGCCGAUAUGGAGGAGAGUUCCAAAUGCAGUCCGCAAGAGGCUCAGGCGUCCAGAUGUGAUUAUUAGGUUCUGCUUCAGGUUAAAGAAGCUUUAAGAAAUGUUAAUUUCAAAUCGACUUAAGGACUUUUUCAGCUCCCUCUGCUCUUGACGUUUCUUACUUUUAAGGGGUGCUGCCGAUUUUUGUGAACGCUAGGUGUCAAAUGCAGAGUAAAGCGAGUUACUUCGGGAGCUGCGUACGUCGUACUAUUUUUGCCGAGGCCCCAUUUAUCUAAGCCCUCGCCCCCACCCCCAGGAUGAUUUUCUCUUUAUAUCUUUCCAUGUUUUUAAAAACAUAUUUACAGAGUUAUAUAGGCAUGUUGCAAUAAUUGAAAAUGUGAAAGCUCUGGUAAGAUGCUUGUCAUAUCACCUUUUUACCUGACCUGUUUUUGCACAUACGGCCACAGGAGGUCACUCACUCACUCACUAGGAAUGAUCUUUUUUUUUUUUCCCUUUCUUUUGUUUUUUUUUUUUUUUUUGUUUUGUUUUAACUGCAAAGCUUUUUGUGAUAUAUCCGUUCAAUACCUCAUGAUACAACAACACACUCAUCACAGUAUUCUCACUUCAAUGGAACUUACUUGGUUCUACCUCAUAGCCAAUAAACCUACCGGGCACAGACAAGUUCACUGUUAGAAAUCAAUUUUAGGGUGUAUGUACGAUAUUUUUGCCAAACCGCGUGUAAAGAAUAUUCUCUUGCUAUAAAGCCUUCGCAGACAGGGUCAAAUACUCCUUGUCGAUUGUAUUGGUUAGACUAACGAAAAGAUUUGCUAAAGCGUGUACAUUUAGUCUGUA